AUGUGUGUAGCCUGCUCUCAUAUUUUACACUGUGACGCGCGUGAGUCGAGCACUACACACUGGAUGUACCUGCUAAAGAUACAAUUUUCAAGUCGCAAAGGGCGGAAAAUGGGAGACCUCAGUUUCCAACUUUUAAUCUAACAGGAGUAGUGUUGCUUGUUGCAGAGUCUGGAUUAUUGACAUGGCAGUAGACGCGGCCUCUAGUUUUACUUUUUGUCGUCCUGCGGUGGAGUACAGGGCACUUCCAGAGGACUUUAAGUACCAGCUGAGUCGUUGUGCAGGUGGAAACCUUACCUGGCAUGAGGGGCACAGCCGCAAAACAGCCGGUGGCCGAACGGUCAAACUACUCCAGCAGCCUGGAACGGAAGGACUGCAGUUACAUUCAGGUGAAUCUUACUCUGUUUACCACACCAGCCCCACCUUGCCGUGUCUCUCCAGGCCAGUGGUUCUGUGGUCUCAGCAGGAUGUGUGCAGAUGGUUGAAGAAGCACUGUCCACACAACUAUUUGACCUAUGUUGAAGUCUUCUCCCACCACGCCAUUACAGGUCGUGCUCUCUUGAGAUUGAAUGGAGAGAAGUUAGAGCGGAUGGGUUUGGUUCAGGAGACUCUGAGACAAGAGCUUCUCCAGCAGGUUCUACAACUACAAGUACAAGAGGAAGGGCGCAACUUACAGCUGCUAAGCAGAGGGCUAUCUGGAAACCUGUCAUAGCUUCAACCAUGCGUAGGGCAGUUCUACCAGACUGACUGCACUGAAGGGACAUCAGUGUGUUUGGUCAGGCUGAGGCCAGAGACAUUUGACUGGAGCUGUCAUGGGCUGGGACACGGGGACAGGUUUCAGUUAUACAGCUCAACCCCCACAUUCUCACUACGCUUAAAGAAAACACAUACCAAAGGAGAUCUACACAAGGAGCUUUCAUGUUGUGCACCCAUGAUUUAUCAAUCCCAAAUCUGCUUCGAAAUGCAAACAAACUGCAGACGAAUCUUGAAUCUUUAUUCCUGAUAAAGGCAGACCCAGCUGGCUGUACCAAAGCUCUAUGGAUUUUGUAAAAACUCAGUUCCACUUUAAAGUCUACAAGACCUUCUACAAUUAUGUCUGGUAACACUGUCAGAAAUUGCUAUAUUAAAAGCUAUAUUGUGAACUUUCAACCACAGAAACAAGCUUGCUAACUAUUUUCUGCUGGAAUGUGACUUUGCCAGAUGUGCCCUCAAACGUGCCGGUCAAGAUUGUGGUUCUACGUAAGCAAAAUGUGUCCAUUUCUUAGGUGUUCCAGGACUCAUUUCACGUUAGAUGUAAACCUAAAUGAUUCAAACCUGCAUUUGUACUGUGAAUCCAACUAGACUGCCUGUUUUAGAUUUGUGACAGCUGUUGUUGUUUUUUAACUUAAGAUGAUUUUGUCUCUGGGAACAAAAGUUAAAAUGUGUCCAAACUAGUUCCCCAUGUGACAAUGACGACAGCAUUUACAAUGAAAUGAUAAGUAUCUUUGGCCACAAAAGCUGUGUUUAUGUUGUGUAAAUUAUAAAGCUCUUUAAGUGUCUGAGAGAACUGUAGAUGACAGAUGUAAAAAAAACAAAGAUGACAUGCUGCAUUGGAGCCUAAAAAAGUCUCAAGAGUGGACUUGCCCAAAAGACCAUUCAAAAAACCCACAACAAAACAUCAAGAUGAUACGGUGUGAGAACCUGAAAGUGGUUUGGGACAUGCAAAACUGCAUAAAACUAUUCAUACAUUAUUUUGUGAAGAGUUUGAUGUAUUAUUUCAAGUAAAGCAAGGAGUCUGAUUCCUUAAUUUGGAUUAAGUGUUGUGACACCAUGACUCAGCUUGUGAUAUAUUAGAUUUGAGUAUACGUUUUCUGUCAAGGUUAGGCAGAAACAUUCUUCUAAUACUGUAGGAAGUGCACUGGCAUUUAAAAUGUUUUAAAAGAUACUUUCCAGGCAACAGCUCCGCAGAAAAAGAAGAGCGGGCCGAAACUACAUUCCCCAUAAUUCGUUUCGUGAGGUAUUGACCGCUGAGAGUGCAGCUUCAUGGCGAUCGGAUAUGAGUGGAGAGUUAUGUGUGAGAUAAAGUUCAGAAGGAAAAACUCGUGCCGAUUGAACAGGUAUCACAAUACAGCUGUAUGCGGUCCACCCAUUCUACAUAGGCUAUGGCCUAGAUAAAUUAUAGGAGAAAGAGUCAAUGCGUUUUGACACAGGUGCACCUCUGACAUUACUAUCUGUUGAUCCCACAUCGAGCCAAUUAAUAAUCAUUUUUGGCAUGUUAUGGAACGAUUAUUCAUACUGUGGAAUGCAACGUUUCAUCUUUCUGAUGAUGAAAAAUAAAAUCAUUAUAGGAACUUAAAUCAUAGUUAACCUCCUUCCUUCUUCCCUCCUGCCCCAGUUUCAGCAUGCGGCUGCUGCGCGCUAAUGGCGCGUUAUUACUAUAAUGAAAUGAACUAUAGACUGAGGUCUCCCUCCUGACGCUGACGCUGCAUGUGUUCCCAUUAGUGCACAAUGGGAGAGAUCACAUCCUAACUGAUCACAAACCGAGAUUUAAACUUUGAGAUGUCUAUUUAAUAGACUCGGGCAUUUAAACAUAUUGUGGUGUAUGUAAUAAUUCUUUACAAUACCAGGUCCUAUGACCUAUAUUUUAAUUGAUCAUACACAUUCUUUUUGUAAUUAAUUGAGUUAUAUUUUGCUUUUAAAGAGUUUCAGAGAAGAGGUGUCUUGCAGGUG